UCGGCUACCGAGCCGUUUUGGAGACAUGACGAAAACUAGAGGACUAUGGAGAACAAUUUCUGUUCUUUGAAAGAUACAGAAGAGCUUAAAAGUUUCAUUUCAGACCCCGAGGACAGGGUGCAAAUCGAGAGGACCAAAACAUUGUUUGAGGAGAUCCGUGCCUCCGUGAAUAACAAUGACGACGAAGAUAGAUUUUUUUGGAGGCCCGUGUUACCUUGGGGUGGCGUGUACACCAUCAGGGCGGGCAAGAAGGCCAUCUCCUGCACGCCACUCUACGUCAAAAUCAGCCUGAAGAACACGUGCACGAUCGACGGCUUCCUCAUGCUUCUCUACAUCAUCCUGCGGGACAACGAGACCUUCCCCAGAGAAGUGGGUGUUUUCCUGGGCAAGCAGUUUGUGGAGCACUUCCUCUACCUGAUGGACUCUUACGACUACACGACGGUGAAAAUGCUUUGGAUCUGGGACAGGAUGUCUAAGCGCCAGUACCGUUCCGAGAUCAACCAGGCGGCGCUGGAGAUCGACCUCUUCGGGAACGAGCACGAGAACUUCACCAAGAACCUCGAGAACCUCAUGUCGACCAUCCAGGAGAGCUGGUGCAGCAACUGGAACUGUCCUUCACGUUUUCAGGAGCUCCUGCAGAAGACCAUAAACAUCAGCCCUCCACACGAGCUGCCCGACAAGGAUCCGGUUCAGUCUGCUGUGGACGGGUUCUUCUGUCCAAAGACCGUUUUCUGCCAAGAGUUUGGGUGCCACGGGCUGCGUGAGUUCUCUCAGAGGGUUUUCUGUCACGGCCCCCCCCCUUUCGUCAUACUCAACAUGCAGCAGUGGAAAUCUGAAGACCUGUCCUAUGUUCCUUACUACCUGGCCUUGUGUGAACACAGAUACUCCCUAGAGGGCGCCACACUCUUCAACCGAGAGGAGCACCAUUACUCUGCAGCCUUCCAGAUUGACGGCUACUGGAUGCAUUACGACGGUCUCCGUAGCGACAACCUGGUUCUGCUGAACAAACCACCCGAGCUUCUCCUCACGUCCUCCCUCGUCUACAUCCGUACCUCUGAGAAAUGACAGCUGUAGAGUUAGACUGGGAGUCCUGGCCAUCCAUCAGCCUUCUUCAAAAACACUCAUGUUUCUUUGCUUUCACUGUGCUGUCCCCUCCCAGGUUUCGUGCGGUGUGUUAAAACACUUUGCAUAAGGGUUUUUCGGUAAUAUUCCUACAUUUGUACGGGGGGGGGGGUUUGGUGUUUCAUACAAGGGUGUAGUUUGGUUUUAUACUCUGAGAUGUAUUCCUUUCUACUUCUUGGUAACUGUUUUUUUUUUUUUUUCUUCUUCUGAAUUUUGCCUGACUGCUAGCUUCUUAAAACAAAACUGGCUGUGCAGAGUGAAACAAUAGCCCUUAGGGUAUGCUUGGAAUCCAAGAAAAAGUUUUUUUUUUUUUUUUUAAAUGCACAUGGACUAUAGUAGUUCUGGGCUGGCGUGCGUUAACAUUGGGCACUGAGGCGAUAAGCAAGCUCAGAACCAUAAUUAAAAAUGCAGGACAGUUUUGGGGUUUUUUUUUCCUUCAGAGCAGUGGUGCAUUACCCUUUGUCUCCCACCCCUACACCACACUCGGAUCAGAGGUCACUGUGUCAGGUCUCAUCGUUCAGAUCAAACAUUCCCAGAUGUGAUUUGAAUUCAAAGUAAAUUCAAGAAAUAUUGGGUAUGAUAGUAAAGGUGUACUGUGUGGCAUUAACACUUUUUGCUUGUUGUUGUUUUUUUCUUUUAAAGACAUCGUAUUUUAAUAUAAAGAUCAGUUAGCCAUGAAGAUUCAAUUGGUGCUCAUCAUUGUUUUCAGGUCUGUGGCAAACUAGAACUAUCAGCUGAUAAAUAGGUGACAGCCAGUCUAUGAAAUAGAUGAAAUCAAUGCGACAGUUCUGUAUUUCUGCAUUUGACGUUGCUUUGCUUUGUAAAGUAACUUUGUAUUUUUGAUACUCCUCCCUCCUUUUUGUUGUUGUUGUUGUUGUUGCUUUGCAGCGAACAACAGUUGCACGGUAUCCGAUAUAUUCUCGAUAAAUGGGUGAAUGUAAGGAAUGAGUGAAUGUUUGAACGUUUGAUGGCUCUGGAAUUUAACUCUGGCACGUGUCAUUCAAAAUGUAUCAGACAAUGUCAUAAACAAUAAAGAGAGAAAAUCCCUGGAGUAAUUUUAACAAAGUGGGCCCCCUAAACGAAAGGCAAAGAUUGGGUCUGCAUGCGUCUAGUCGACCAGAGAAUGCUUGGUAGUUUUUUUAUUCCACAACAUUCUGCUUGUGUCUUCAAUACACCGUUUUCCCACGUUAAGUAUGAAAGAUGAGUGCUGAUAUUUUUUUUGUAACAUGUAUCAACUUAAUAACCGAUUAAUGAACAAAGAAUAUUUUUCCAAUUUUCUAUCUGUGUUAAUUGGAAAAAAAAGGAAAAAAAGAAAAAUAAAAUUUCCAUUUAUUUUC